ACCGACGCCGAUGCCGCCAGCGAAGUCAAACGCGAGGGUGAACGCAAUGGUGGCGAUGACGACGACGACGAGGGCGUGCCCCUGGCACAGUCUCAGGCGCAGACACCGGCACCGGCCCUGGUGGCCUCGUCGGCCGCCCCCGGCUCGGGCCCGCUGGCUGGUACAGCGUCUGCACCCGCUGCUGGGGCGGCUGCGGCGCGCAAGGCCAAGGCGCCGCGCGAGAAGGAGCGUGGCGCCGGCGAUGCGUUCUCGCUGGACGACGUUAUUGGCUACACGGGCGUCGACCUGCGCGAGGAGUCCGAGAUGAUCCUCGGCGGGCUGCCCGUCGGCAGCAGCAGCGCCAGCGGGCGAGUGCGGCCAGGCGUGCGCAUGGGCACGCGCACGGUCGACGGCGUGGAAAUGGCGUUCGACUCGGCGCUGCCCGGCGAUGCGGCCGUCGAGGCGGUGGUUGCACGCGUGUGCCGCGAGUCGCGCGUGGGACGCGUCGCGGCGGACGUCGUGCCGGUGCUCGCGCUGGCGCUGCAGGAGCGGCUGCGCGCGUACAUGGAGCUCGUGUCGGCGGCGGCGCACCACCGCACGCGCACACAGACGCUGCCGCCGCCGCCGCUUGAUCCAACGACGCGGCUGCCGCUGUACAAGAUCACGCCGCACCAGGACGUGCGCCGCCAGCUGGCUGUUGUCGAGCGCAGCGCGCGGCUGCGCGAGGCCGCACGCGAACAGGCGCUGGCAUCAUCGUCGGCAGCUACGUCGGCUCCGGCGGCCGAGGCUGAGGCCGAUGCUGGCGCCGCGCCGGCUGAGGGCCCGUCGUCGGCGUCACCCGAGCCGCCAGAGUCGGUCGAUGCGGCCAGGCCCAAGCGGCCGCGCAAGCGCGACGACGCGCUCGAGACGGCGGCGUACACCAGCAAGAACAUGCCCGACGAGGUGCGCAACAAGAUCAGCAACCAGACGGCGCUGCGCGCUGCCGGCGGCGUGCGCAAGUCGUGGAUGAAUGCCGCCGCGUCGGCCUCUGUGGCUGCCGCCGCCAAAUCAGACGCCGCAUCGGCGUCGGCGUCAUCUGCCGCCACACCCAACGGCGAUGUGGACGCGGCGCCCGAUACGCCAGUGUCGGCGGCCGACCGCCCGCCGCCAGGGCUGCUGUCGCACCGGUCGACGUCGCUGGCUGCGCCGCUGCUGGUGACUGUGCGCGACUGCCUGUUCUCGCUGGAGCGCGAGCGCCUAGGCAACGUGCGCGUUGGCCGAGGCGGCGGCGACCGCGUGCUGAUCCAGGCCUACGCCAAGUACGUCAAGGACUGAAGAGACAAAAGGACUUUGUCUUUUUGGGGUUUUGGCUGAUGAUGGAAAUUAAUUUUUUUGAAUUUUUCUUUCUUUUUCUUCGUGCAUUUCAAU